AUGACCCGAGAAAAAGAGAGACCCACGAUGCCUUCGCUCAAGGUCCCGGAAACCGGCCUCAUUCUUGAGAGCUCAGCCGCCUCAGGCAACCCUGUACCUCCACAGGCCUUCACCAUCAACCUCUCCGACAAUGUCCUCGAGGACAUGAUCAAGUGCGUUCAGAGUGGUGAGGACCUCCAGUUGGCCCUGGGGAGCAGUCCGAUGUUGCUCUACGGAUCUAGCUCCCAUACCCUUUCUCCGAUUCGCGAUCCCUUCUCUCACGAUCUCUUCCUUACGAAACCCUUUGAAUCAACGAAACGAGCUACGCGAUUACCACAGACCUCUUCACUGUGGAAGAAGCUGCCCGGCCCCGAUGUCCCCAAAAAGGCCGAGCAAGCCAAAGCGAAGGGCGCCCCUUCGACUUCGUCAUCCGGCAUGGACUCGGAUAUAGAGAAUCUGCAGAACUCUAUCGCCGCGGCGACUGCGUCGAAGAAGCAGUCGCGGGUCAUGGAUAGGCUAGCACCGGCGAACAACAAGAAGGCCACGGGGAAGACGGCCAAGUCGAAGCUACUGUCAAGUAUGGCAUCUUACGGCAACGGAGGCGGCAAAUCCUCUCCAUCGGGAUCACCGGCUCUGGUAGCCGUCAGCUCGCCGUCAACAAACCCCGUCUUCUCGUCGUCUCAACAGGUUGUCGAGAAAUUCAAGGAGCAGAGGUCGAUGAUCGUCCACGAGCUGGCGGUACAGGAACGGCCCUACGACUAUUUGGAAAGCCUCUGGGAGGGCAAAGAGGAAGACUUCAGGCCCGCCCUGGAGAAGGUGGCUCAGUUCGAGCCGGACACGCAAAUGUGGGCGUUGCGAAAAAAUUACUGGAGAGAGUUGGAUGUGUGGAAAUACGAUUAUGAUACCCAAGAUACCCGGCAGAAGGCGAUCGACAACGCGAUCCGACAGUUCGACAAGAUGCGGCUGGCAACAACGGAGACUGAGUGGCAGAAGCUCCUGCCGAGGGAAGAACGAGGAAAGGGCAAGAUCCUCAGCAAGCUGCAGGCGAACAUUGCCAAAGCUUCUUCGGCUGCACCGCCACCCAAGAUCAAGGUCAGCGACGCAACAAGCGACAACGGCGACGAAGAUGUCCUCAAGACAAAGGGCGGCGAAACAAUGUCACGGUCGUCGUCGAACCCGCUACCGGCGAAACCUAAGAAGGCCGCCGACUCCCAGGUCAAGCGCCUUUUGUCGACGAACAAAAAAGCUAUCACGCCCAAGGCCGCACCGAGCAAGACUAAAGAGAGGGCACCCGCCUCCAGCAAGAACGGCCGCGUUCUUUCUGCAGAGUUUGUGACCAACUCAGACUCGGACUCCGAGUCUUCAGAGGACAAGCCCAUGGCAACCAUCGUGGCUUCCAAGGCUAAACCCACACCUUCAGCCACGCCUGUCCUCAAGAAGAAGGCCGAGGCACCUGCACCAAAGCCAAAGAUUGCCGUACCCAAGCCAAAGCCCAGGCCGGUCGAGAAGCCGGCGGAGCGACCAGUGGAGAGAUCGACUGAGCGACCUAAGGACAGGUCUCCUCAGCCUCGGCGGGAAGCCGUUAAGACGGCCAAGUCACAGCCACCUAAGCGUGAGCGGGAAGAGGAAGCAGACGACAGCAGCUCCAGCUCUGGCGCUCCCCUGGCCAAGCGCGCGAAACCGAAGGCGCCGAUCAAGGCACCCGUCAGCCUCAAGCAACGCCCCGCAGAUGUCUCUCUUGCUUCAUCCCGCAACUCGUCUGGCGUCUCUUACAAGAGCAAGAACACGUCACCGGCCAAAUCUUCGCCAUUGGCUUCGUCACCGCCAACGAAUGCAUCGGAGCUUGAACACUCAGCGCCGCCCAAGAAGCGCAAAGUCAUGGAAUCGUCCGACUCCACCGAGAGCGCCCGGACCAAGCCAGCCCCCAAGCGUCAACGCGGACUCAGCCCCGACCUGGUCACCAAGGCCGCUCGUUUCAAGGCAUUCUAUGAAAAGUAUGAGACACUGCACUGGGAGAUCGCCGACAUGCGCAACCCGCCCCAAGAGAAGAUGCACGAUCUCCUCGAGAUGCGCGAGCGGCUGAAAACGAUGAAGACGGAGAUAUACAAGGAAUGCCCGCCUGCAAUUGCAGUCGCUUAG